GGAAGUGAAAGAAGCAUCCAACACAACCAUCACUACUGCAUUGCCCACGCAGAGAUCCACGAGCAAGAAGCUCUGCCAUCCCAGAACUGCCCCUCGACUCCUCUCUCUCUCUCUGAUAUCUGCAACUUUAUCCUUUUUUAUAUUCACAUCUUAAUUGCUGCGUUUUUGUCUCCAUCCCAUAUUAAAGAGAUUCCUUUCCUUCGUUAACACCCUUCUUGUCUCUGCAUCUCCUCCCUUCCCCUGGUCUCUUCGCUCAAUCCCUUCAUAAUAUCCCUGCUGCUGGAACAGCAAAGCUAUCAGCUUCAGAUCUUGGUUCCACCUCUUUGCGUCCUGGCCAUCUGCAUUGCUCGGAGUGCUAUAAAAAUCGCUCCUUUCUUCUCAUAAUGCCGCUGGCGGUUGGAAGCUGGGCUCGAGAAGUCCUCCUCUGCGUUGGGUUGCUUGCUUUGUUGUUCGUGUUGGCAUUUGGUGGAGAGCAUGACGGCGUUAACAUCUGGCCGAUGCCCAAGUCGGCGAGCCAUGGCUCCCAGACGCUGUUCUUGAGCAAGGAUUUCGUGCUGUCGACGCAGGGAAGCAAGUAUGGAGACGGUUCCGAGCUGCUGAAGGAAGCAUUUGACAGGAUGAUUGAUGUGGUUGAAGUGAAUCAUAUCGUUGAUGGCCGCACGCCAACCUCUUCGGUGCUUGCUGGCUUAAAUGUGGUGAUCUUGUCACCUCAAGAUCAGCUGAAUUUUGGGAUUGAUGAGUCCUAUAAACUGGAUGUUCCUGCUGCUGGGAAACAUGUGUAUGCACGUAUUGAGGCACAAACUGUUUACGGAGCACUUCAUGCUUUGCAGACUUUCAGCCAACUGUGUCAUUUUAAUAUCUAUAAGAGAAUUGUUGAAUUACAGUUGGCUCCUUGGUAUAUUUUAGAUCAACCAAGAUUCCCAUAUCGGGGACUUCUUAUUGAUACAUCACGACAUUACCUACCCCUCCCAAUAAUAAAAGGUGUUAUAGAUUCAAUGGCCUAUAGUAAGUUGAAUGUGCUUCACUGGCAUAUCGUGGAUAAGCAAUCCUUCCCCUUGGAGAUACCAUCAUAUCCAAGACUGUGGGCUGGUGCAUACUCCUACUCUGAGCGAUAUACUAAGGCUGAUGCUCUUGAAAUCGUACAGUAUGCAGAAAGAAGGGGAGUAAACGUGUUGGCUGAGAUUGAUGUGCCCGGCCAUGCUCUCUCAUGGGGUGUGGGCUAUCCUGAUUUGUGGCCCUCAGCUGAAUGCCAAGAACCACUUGAUGUCAGUAAAGAGUUCACAUUCAAAGUAAUUGAUGGAAUUCUUUCUGAUUUCACUAAGGUUUUCAAGUUCAGGUUUGUCCAUUUGGGGGGUGAUGAAGUUAACACAAGCUGCUGGACCAACACUCCUCAUAUAAUUGAAUGGUUGAAUAAACAUGGAAUGAAUGAAUCUCAGGGCUACAAGUAUUUUGUUUUGCGUGCACAAAAAAUAGCAUUAUCACAUGGAUAUGAAGUCAUCAAUUGGGAAGAGACUUUCAACAACUUUAGGAGUCAACUCAGCCCAAAAACUGUGGUUCAUAACUGGUAUUUUUUCUUGAUCUGCCAUGUUUGUUCUAAUUGGUAUCAAGCAAUACAUAUGCUUUCAAAUAUGUCAAAUGUAAGUUCUCAUCAUUAAUGAUAAAACACACAUCAAAUGUUGAAUUUUUGGAUAAUAAAUGUGGUCAUUAACAACCCUCAUAUAAUCAGUGAUACCAUGAUGAAACGUGGGAACAGAGACCAUCCAUCAUUCAUUCAUCAUACUUGUAGUUGAUGUUGUAAAAUGUCUAAUAUUAGUCAAAAUAAACAUAUUUAUAAUCUUUGACUUUGUACAUGUAUAGUAACAAUUUGCUUUUUCAGCAUCCAUCUUCUGGUCAGCAUGGCAAACUGAACAAACUAAUGCAGCAUCGGACCAAUAGGACCAACGCUGAACAUUAGCGCAUCGCACAAAGUAGCUCACGUCGUUGUCGCGGGCACUCACCUCACGGGUGGGCUAGCUUUUGAGAGGGAGUAGGUCGAACCAUUGUCUAUAAAAUGGUACUCAUAGUACAACAACGAGUACGAGUUGUGAAAUAGUAGCGUACGAAGGAUGGCUGGUGUGAUGCUAUUUAUUUUUAUGUUGUUUAUAAUGAUUAUUUUAAUGUUUUUUAUUGGCGAAGGUAAAGACUGCUGUGCUGAAAAACUACCGUGUUGUCAUCCAAAUCCAGCGUCGGUUAAUGGCACUAUAUAGUUUAUUAUUAUCUAAUCCUCCUCGUUAACUUAGGUUAUCUUAUCUAGUGGGAUAUGUGAUUAACUUCUUAGAGUUGUACUUUAAUUUUGUAAUAUAUGACUGUGAUUAAGCGUUUUACUCUGUAUAUUGAUACUAUGAAUGGAAUGAAACGAGGAGGUUAAAUCUGUGUUAUGCA